GUGAACGCUCGAACAGGAAGUUGUAUGGGCUUUAUUUUGGUUAACUUCACACUGAUUUCCUGGUUCAAGCAGCGCUCCAGGCAGCCUUCUGUUAAUGCAACGGUCUACACCACUGGCGUAAGGUGUUGGAGGCGCUCUUCAGGCAGGCAUGUCAGGCAGAACCUCCCCGCCUCCAUCUGUGGAGGUUGUGGGAUCCGAAGCGUGUUUCCCCCCUGGAUACAAGCCUUUCAAACCCGAGGAGCACGGCCUGGAGCGCGGGUUCCGUCUCACAUCCUUUUCGGACAUGAAGGGAUGAGGCUGCAAGGUCCCGCAGGAGGCUCUGCUCAAACUCCUGGCGGGACUGCAGCCGGACCAGGCCGACAUGACAGGGAAGGCCGGGGACCAAAUAUCGGAGUUCCACCAACAGUUGCCCGGACCCCGUCUCGGUGUAGGAAUGGACUGCUGUGUGAUUCCCCUGAGACACGGAGGGCUCUCACUGGUCCAGACCACAGACUUCUUCUACCCUCUGGUGGAGGAUCCCUACAUGAUGGGCAGGAUAGCGUGCGCCAACGUCCUCAGUGAUCUCUACGCCAUGGGCAUCACCGAGUGUGACAACAUGCUAAUGCUGCUGAGUGUCAGCCAGAGGAUGAAUGACAAGGACCGUGAGCGGGUGAUGCCACUUAUGAUUCGAGGCUUUCGAGACGCAGCAGAGGAGGGUGGGACGUCCGUGACGGGUGGCCAGACGGUUAUCAACCCCUGGAUCAUCAUAGGAGGAGUAGCAUCAGUCGUGUGCCAGCCCAACGAGUUCAUCAUGCCGGAUGGUGCUGUACCUGGUGACGUCCUGGUCCUGACUAAACCUCUGGGGACACAGGUCGCUGUAAAUGCUCACCAGUGGCUUGAUCAGCCUGAAAGGUGGAACAAGAUCAAACUAGUUGUCACCAAAGAGGAAGUUAAAGAGGCCUAUCAGGAAGCCAUGUUCUCCAUGGCAACGCUGAAUCGCACAGCGGCGGCCCUAAUGCACAAGUUCCAGGCCCACGCUGCAACAGAUGUGACAGGCUUUGGGUUGUUAGGGCACGCCAACAACCUGGCAACACAGCAACAGAAUGAGGUGGCCUUUGUCAUCCACAACCUACCAAUCAUAGCCAAGAUGGCCGCCAUCAGUAAAGCCUGUGGAAACGCGUUCAGCCUGCUUCAGGGCAGAUCAUCAGAGACUUCUGGUGGGCUGCUGGUGUGUUUGCCCAGAGAACAGGCAGCCAAGUUUUGCUCCGAAAUGAAGAGCCAGAGCUCUGGCGUUGGAGGCCAGGGAACAGCGGGCGGAGCAUGGAUAAUUGGAAUCGUAGAGAAAGGCGACCGCCACGCUCGCAUCAUUGACAAGCCUCGUAUUAUUGAGGUUGCACCACGAGGAAGUCAGGCAGCGAAUCAGGAGAACAGCCCUGCUCCCAGCCCUAAUUUGUCAUAGACACUGCCGUCCCACACGAUGAUGUUGUCGACAGGGUCAUGUUUCCAGUGGAAGAGGACAAAGGCAGCACACACUAUUAUUUGUCCAUCUUUGAGCGGAGCUGCUGAAAUAAGGCGUACCUUUCACCAUUUUGUUAAUCAGUGUAAAUUAAGGUAGUACGUUGUACUGCCCCAGCUCAUCUGCUUUUAUUUAGAUAUGCACUCCUUGCAGUUCCUUUUCUAUCUCAUAUACACAUCUGCCUUUAUAAAAUGUAUUUAAAUACAAAAAUGUUUUCUGGAAAAAAAAGUCUUGAGGAAACAUUCCAAAACAUUCUGCCCAAAGUCAGCCAAUAAUGAAAUUUGAGUGUAAAUGUGUAUGUUUGAGAGAGUAUUUUAUUGUUUGUUUGGGUUGGUUUGCAUUGGAAGUUGAUGAUGUUAAUGUCUUAAUGUGAAUGUAUCAUGAGGAAAGAGAGCUUACCUGUCCUGGCACCUGGCUCUGCCCAUACAGCACAGAGGAAGGCUUGAGCAGCUUCCUUUGGACCAGUUGGGUGGUGGUCAGAAUGUCUCCGUGUCAGCUGAUCGGUUGUCCAGCACUGAGUCCUUCCCACCCUUCCUUUGUAUGAAGCUCUGCUUUUUAAACCCCAGCCGACGGGGGCGGGCGGAGUGGAUGUUUGCCUUUGGAUUGGGGUUGGACUUUGCUGGAGGUCUAAAGCUGUGUUUGUAGAGUUGCUUUUCACAAUCAAUAAAAGCAUCACCAACUCGGA